AUGGACCCUCGGGGAGGCUAUGGCGAGGAUCGACCAGCCGCCCGAAGACUGAUCACAUCACAACGGCUCGGUCGGUUUGACUUCCUCCGGCACCACGGUCCACCCCGAUGGGGACCUCGUGUCAUCGACUCAAGGUCGUAUGUAAAGCGUGUGUUCGGCUCGAGUUGGCGUUUGCAACGGGGGAUGACGCGGGUUACUUCGUUCAACCCACACUUAUUAGUAUUAAUUUGUGUCUUCGAGUUCAAAGCGAGUGGGCGCCGCGAAGAAGAAAAUAAAUCGCUCGCUGCUGUAGCGGUGUAAUAAACAAUUGUAUGGAAAAAAAGAAGAAAAAACAAUUCGUGGUCGGCACGCCGCGGCCGGUGUUUGGCGUUCAGAAAAAUAUUACGCCAGCAUUUACACUGGUCGCGCAGUUACGUGAAACGAAAUCGAAUCCCCGCGAAAAAAAGACCGAUGGCACGUAAAUAUUGUUGUUUUAUGUUUGAUUAUGCAUUCGCGAACAAAGGGGGAUAAAAAUAAUAGCAAUAAAGUAGGAUUUUUUUUUCUCGUUCUCCUCUCCGAUUGUCAACACCUAGGCGUGCAGUGGGUACGCCGCCGGACCGUGAUUUCGUGGCGUAAUAACAACUCGCGCCGAACCGCAUUUCCAUUAUUAUUAUUAUUAUUAUUGAAUAAACGUACGUACGAAAACAACAACGAGAAAAAAAAAACACCUAAUAAUAAUAAUGUGCGUUAUAUAUUCACGCGAUGCAAUCGUCAUCGUAACGACGCACGCUAAAACCGGUUGUGCUUUAGGUGGGACGGCGACCUCGGCCGCGUUCUCUUCGCCGCCGCGGCCGCUCGGCGAUCGGCAAUCGCCAGUUCCGAGUUCGCCACUUUUCGUGCGGCGCGACGUCCCCGGGCGUUCCUCUGUUCCGUGUGACGUGUGCUUGUGUACGCACCACACGAACGACGGAGAUACGCGCGCGCGUGUCCCCACACGUUGUUUUUUCCUCUCUUGUUACUUCGCGAUAAUCAUAUUCUAGUAUUAUUGACCCGCAAAUAAUUCCGACACGAGCCGUUUUGUUGUGUUUUUUUUAUUUUUUUCUCUAUUUCGUUCUAUUACGACGACAGCCCGAGAAAUAUCGUAGAAAUAAACGCAGUAGAGCCGGUGUCGAGCGCCGUAAUAUUAUUUUCGUAAAUUGUUUUUUUUUUUUUUUUUCCUGUUGGUUUUCAACGUCGCGGCUCGCGCGCGUAUAUUACAUAACACUUACUCGUAUUUUUGUGUUGUGCAACCGGCCGUCGAUAUCGUUGUCGCGUACCCGCCUGCCCCUUGCAAUACUCCGACUUCGAGUUGACGGGUAGCUGUCGUGUAGUGUACGUUUUCGGUACGAUUCUCCGGGGUGUCUGUUGAAGAUACGGACUUUGGGCGGCGGCGGCGACCACCCCGCGGGAGAGCAAGCUGUCCACAUGACCACGAGUGAUACUAACGUUCGACGGCGGCGGUACGCGCGCAAAGUUCGCGAUACCGGUUGCGCGGAAGUUCGACUGCCGUGUUGACGAUAACGACGACGGACAAGUAUGGACCGCCGUUAUUAUCGUGUUAUACUCGGAUAGGCACCAAAUACCGCGACAAUACCAACAAACCUAACCCAACCCUACCGACCUACCACAAUUUUAUUAUUGUAUGAUCGUGAUUAGCGACAGUACGGCACAUCCAGCGUUGCAGUUACGGCGACGCAAAUCAACCAUAUAUAAAAUUCAAAACAUCUUACCCCUUUUUCGUUUUCAUUACCAGGUGGAGGCGUGUGAUUUUUGAAAAUCCACAAGGGGGAGGGGUCGUAGAACAAAAAAAAAAGUUAGGAAACAUGCUGCUUUAUAGCCUCGCUUGUGGCACAGUCCACAGUUUACAUUUUUCGGAACGAAUCUGCUGAAAAGAGCGAUUCUAUUUUUUCAACUUGAAUCAUGAUGUUUUCAAAAUUGUUAGCUUGUACUCACUUUUUAAUUAUAAUGAAAAGCCUAUUGAAGUUCGCAAUUGUUUUUUUAAAAUUUCCUCGAAAAUACCUUUUAUAAUUAAAAUCAGCAGAAAUAGAAUUAAUUAAAUUUUUUUAAUUUUAAUUCUUGGGUUUUCUUACAUUGAAUCCAAAGGAUCAACCAUAAUCGAAAUCAUAUCGGUAUCGUUUAUUUUUUGGUUACUUAAAUUAUUAUAAAUCGAUAAAAAACGAACUUUCUCAAGAAGCCUUUAAAAUAGGUAUAUUUUUAGAAUACCUAGUUUUAUAAUGUUAAAAUUGUGGGUUGAAGUAUAACUUUUAGGUUCAACCACAGUGUGUGUUUUUCACGACACUUGAUAGUUAUUAUCUUGGAAAUAACAAACAACUUGUAACAACUUGGUUUGUUUUCAAAAAUGUAAGAUAAGUACAUUGUAACUGCAUUGAGACCUGCUUGUUUACGAAAAUUUUAAACAUUUUGUUCAACUUUAUUAACACAACCAUUAUUUUCUUUUGAUUUUUUUUAUUCCAAAGUACCAAACAUCCAUAAAUCAACAAUUUUUUAAUUGGAACCGGAUAUUUUAAAUACAUUUGAAUGUUACAAUUUAUAAUUUUUAUCAACCUGUUAUUGAAAUACAACCCAUUUAAGUUCAUUUUUUUUUGAGAGAUGAUAAGUUUGAAAAUUAGAAGUUUUCAUAUACGUUUGUUACCAAACUUAAUAAUAAUUAGUAACAUUUGACAAUUAAGUAUAAGUAGGCAGGGGCUUGGUCACAGGCCAGUCCAUAGUUUUAAAACUUUUAGCCAAGGGCUAAUUUUGACAAAUAAUUAAUGAAAAUAGCAAAAAAAAAAAUAAAAAAAAAAUAGUAUUACCUAGCUAUGAUAAAUAAAUUACAUAAUUGCUCCCUCUGGAUUUUGUUUUUAUUAAACUUACCGUAUGUAAUACUUAGCUACAUAAGUAGGUUUACAUACUCCUUAUACAACAUACAGGAUAGUGUUAGCAAGUAGGAAAGCUGGGAAGAUAUAAAACAAGUCAGAUACAGGGUAAUUUAGUUUAUGAACUGAAAGAUUACACUAAGAAUCUAAAUUGAAAUAAAUGUAUAUGACACUAUAUAUAUAUAUAUAUGUAUAUUGUACACAUCACUAUAAUAAUGAAUGCCAAACAAAUUUAGUUUUAAUGUAGUUACAAAGUUGUAUUGUUGUUAUAUUUAAAAUAGGUACCUAUUUAAACAUGAAAUUUAACAUUGUCCAUAAGAUUAAAUUAAUUUAAAACAUGGUAUGAAUACAAAAAAUAUCCAAUAGACAUCCUUUUCAGUUCAGUAAAAAACAAUUAAUAUUAAUAUUAUCCUCUACCAACACUCCACACUCUAGAUUCAUAAACAUGAAUGCUUCUUUUUAAAUAUGUUGUGAGAAAUAGUUAACCUAAGUCUUAUUUUUAUGAAUUUAAUUAUAGACAAAUUUCUUUCACAACUUACUCAAGUAAAAGUUAAACCCAUUAUCACCUUAUAUGUACAAAGUAUUAUAAUUUGGUGUAUGGAUCACUUAUUUGUAUAAACAAAUAAAUGCACAUAAAAUUCAUUGAUUACGUUUUUAUUUAUCAGAAAAUAUUUUUGAUAAUAUACAUUUUAAAACAUAUUCAAAGUCUGUAUCGUUUUCAUUUUUUUCCUCAAAAUUCUAUUCAUUACAAUCUUGAUACAGAAUAUUAGUAUUUGCUUCUUAAUUUUGAAUAUAUUUCAUCAAAUGAUGUAUCACGGGUCUAGAUGUCAAUAGUAUGAAGUAUAUGUAAGCCAUUGGUGCAAUUAACUCAUAAAUAUUGGGGGGAAGCUCCACUAUAAUAUUAAAUACAUGUUAUUGAAGUGGUUAUGCCUCUUCAUUUAAGGGCCGAUCUCCCUUAAUAAAGCUACUUGAACUAAGCGAGUAUAUUAAAUAAUAUAAACGUCAAACUAGUUAUAAAAUUGAAGUAUAAGUGCCAAAAGUUUAAAUUAUUUAAUACAAAUUGUUGACAUUUCAAUAAUAUCCAUCCAAAAUCCAUAUUUUUGGAUUUUAAAAUUCUGAUAUUCAUAUAAACCUGAUUUAUAUCACAUCACGGAUAAUAGGUACCUACACAAAUGAAAAAAUUGGACAUUAAUAGAAAAAGUGUUUCAAGUAUAACCAUAAAAGGCUAUAAAAAGAUUAAUAGAAUUCAAUUAUUUUAACGGCUAAAUAGUAAUAAAUUGAAAAAGUAUGUGUUGCUAAUAUUUCCAUUUGAAAAUUAAAAUAUUAAGUAUAGGUUUAACAUACAUAGUUAAAUACAAAAAAAAAAAAUGAUAGAAAUUACAUAAAUAUGUAAUUUUCUAGACUUUCAUAAUAUUUAAAAUUUAAUAUUUUUCAAGACAAUAGUUGUUCCACAUUUAUGAGAAAAUAUCACUGUAUAUUGUAUUUUAGUACAAAGUUCUUUAUGCUUCAAUACUUAUUGUAUGCAUCACUUUUUGAGUAGGUAGGUAUUAUAUUCUCGAGAAAAACAAAUUAGGUGGUUGUUUUUUAUUUAUUUAUUUUAUUUUUUAAGACUAGAUUAAUAAUAAGAAUUAAUUUAACAAGAUAGAUAAAACUCUGGAUACAUUUUUUUUAUAUUUAAUAAAUUGUAUAUUAUUUAAUAAUUAGAUAAUCAUAAGUACAAACUAUUAUUAAUUAAGUUAAUUGCAUCAUUGGUCUGUCUAAAUCUUUUUAUAUAUAAUAUCUUUUAAAACUAUGUAUUAUAGUUGGUUACCUAAGAAGACAUUUUCAGUACUCAGAUUACUCAAAACAACAAAAAUGCUUUAUUUUAAUUUUAUUAUUUUUAGUUUAGGCACUGAUUAUAUCUGUGAAGUAGAUAUAUAACCAAAACUGUAUCGAAUUUUGAUUAAACUUAAGAAUAGUUUUAAAAUCUAAAAUCUUGGAAUUAGUAAAUUCCAUUUAUGUUCAUUCUGUGUUUAUUAAUAAUAUUAAUUAAUCAUAUUCACAAAAAAAUAAAGUACUCUAUAUUUCUACUAUUAUAGGUAUUCGUAUCAUGUUAAAUUAACUGUUUAACCACUACCCAAAACAUAUGCCUAUUUAAUUUUCAGUUAAAUAGUAAAAUGUAUUGUUUUAUUAUUUCAGAAUGAAUUGGUUGACCAACAUUAUUGUAUUGCAACUUAUUCUUGGACAAGCAUUGUCAUACUUAACAUGUUUAAAAAGUCAAAAAUGUUCUUGCCAGAAAAAUUUUGAAAUAGACGAGAUAGAAGUUACAUGUAACUCAUCAACUGUGAGGGCCAACAUGAAGCGCUCUUUAGUUGAAAUACAGUGUAACUUUGAUCAAAUCCAGUGGGAACAGUUUUUCAAUCAAAUUAAUGUUAAACAAUUAAACUAUAAAAAUUGCAUUUUGUCGGAUUCUGGAAUUCAUCAUAACAUGGCAAUACUUGGUAUCAAUGAAGUUAAAGAUAUAUAUUUGAUUAACAUGAAACUCAUUAGUAGUUUAGAACGUUCAUACUUGAUUCAUUUAGAAAGUUUAAAUCUGUUGGAUAUUAGCAGUACAAAUUUAAUUUUAACUAAUGAAUCAUUUGAAGGGACUCCUCAUCUGAAACAAUUAUUUCUCAGGGACAAUAACAUUGAAGAAUUACCUAAUGGUGUAUUCAAACGACUUCGUAAUUUAGAAAUAUUAGAUUUAGGAGGAAAUAAGUUGUCUAAAAUAGACAGCGAUAUAUUUGAUGGUGUUCCAUUGACAAAUUUAUUUUUGUACUCUAACCACUUGAAAACCUUGAAUUUGAAUAUUCCAAGUCUGAAACAUUUGGACGUGAGCAACAAUAGACUUACGUCAAUAACAGUAGAGAAUCUCAAUAAACUAGUUCAAUUAUCAUUGAAUAAAAACAAUAUUAUUACAGUGACAGGUAAACUAUUUAAAAAUACUUCUUUAGAGUUCAUAAAAUACAACUAUGGCAACUUUACUGUUCCCGAUGAAUUUUUAUCAAGCUUGUACAAUCUUAAUGAAGUUCAACUCACAUAUUUAAAAUUAGAAAAUGUACCUGAGAAUAUGAUUUGGAAUUCAUCAAAUAUUACAGUACUUUCUUUAGCUUCAAAUCGUUUGAAGGAACUGCCAGUGAAUUUUUUCAGAGAUUCAAAUAAAAUGAAAGUAUUGAAUUUAUCCAAAAACCAGAUUGAAAAGAUUGACCAUCAGUUACUGAAACCACUAACACAAUUAGAAGAAUUAAAUUUAUCAAAUAAUUUAAUUAGUCAAAUUAAUAACAAUGGAUUAAGUUGCUUAGGAAAUUUGAUUUAUCUUUACUUAGAAAAUAAUCAAAUAAUGAAUAUUGAAAGGCGAGCACUUAAUAUGAACAAUUUAAAAUAUUUAAAUCUGGCUUAUAAUAAAAUAAGUAAUUUGUCUCCAAAUAAUUUAUUCUCAUUCGAAUAUUUGGGCAAAGUCGAAGUUAUUGAUUUGUCACACAACAACAUAGUUAAUUUUGCUUUUGGAUGGCACAAUUUAUUAAAAUUACAAAAAGUUAAUCUAUCAAAAAAUAAUUUUACAGUUCUCAGCAUAGAAGAAAUUCACAAUUUAAAUACAAGAUUAAAAAUUGAUCUUAGUUUAAAUCCAUUUAAAGUAAUUGAUCUAUCAUUAUUGGAGUUUUUGGUUCGUGAAUCAGAUAUUUCAUUGAAUACCAAUACUACACCAAUAUUACAUGUAAUCCUUUCUGGUAAUAGAUUGAUUUGUGGUUGUCAGAAUUUCGAUUUUGCAAGGUACUUACAAAACCAGAUGCCAAAAAUUACAUACAAGUACAUUCAAAUUGAACAAAAUUUAAGUUGUGAUGAUGGAACGGAAUUCGCAAAUGUAAAAUUGGAUAGUUUAACAUGUGAUUGGAAGUUUUAUGAUGAUGUGGAUAAAACUGAUUGUUCUGAAUGUGAAUGCACUUUCCGUCCUUAUGAUAGAUCUGCAAUAAUGAAUUGUUCAAGUAGAAAUUUAACAUUUGCUCCUAAAACAAUAAUUUCUAGUAGACACAUUAAUUAUAUUGAAUUGAAUUUGCAAAAUAAUUCAAUUAUGGAGUUGCCGGACUAUAAACAUUUAAACAUCCAAAAGCUAAAUGUUGGCUACAAUAAGUUAACUAAGAUAAAUAUUACACAUUUACCCAAACACAUUAUGGUAAGUUUAUAAAGCUAAUUAGUUGUCUAACAUGUAUUUUAUAUAUUUUUUGAGUUUUUAAAAAAUGCAGAGUUUAUUUAUUGUUCUAAAAAUGUUGUUUCCUAUACUUUGAUUUUUUUUAUAAUAAAACAGACAUUUUUCAGGUGAUUUUAAGUAAAUUUGAUUUCUGCUUUUUGAAUUGUUGUCGAAUUGUUAGAGCUUCAAUUUAAAUUUAAAUUUUUUAAUUUUUACUCCUACUACAACAGUUUAAAUAGAUAUUUAUUUUUGUUUUUUCAAAUAGGAACCCUCUUUUUGAACACAGAUUUGAUUAGAAAAUAUUUUUUUAGAAAUUUUGAUAUGCAUAACACUAAUAUCAGAUUUACCAAGUUACAGUUUAAAGUUUAUAUCAGAGAAGUAAGGAAGGGUAAUAAAUUGUAUAUCUACUUGAAAAUGAUAAAUUAAUAACUCUUUCAAACUUCUCUGGUCUAAAUUUUAAAUGGUAAUAACUCAUAGACGGUAAAUCUGAUUUAGUGUUAUGCAUAUCAAAAUUUCUAGAAAAAUAUUCUCUAUUAAAAUCUGUUUAAAAAAAGGGUUUCUAAUUGAAAAACAAAAAUACGUACUUAUUUAAAGUAUAUAGAGUAGGGGUAUAAAUUUAAAAUAGUUUUAAAAUAAAGCUUAAACAAUUCCACAACGAUGGCUAAAUAGAGAAAUCAAAUUCACUUAAAAUCCUGCGAAAACAUUGCUGGCUGGUUCAUGACAAAAUGAUCACCCUUUAUAUAUACUAGGUUUAUGAAUGUAUUAUUGUAAAGUUUUGAUUUUAAUCUUUAGGAAUUGAAUUUGGAACAUAAUAAUCUAAUGAAGAUAAGUGAGUUAAUUUUGAAUGACACAUUAACUAACUUAAAUCGUCUAUCAAUGAGUGGUAAUCCAUGGGCUUGCAACUGUGAAGCAAAUGACACUUUCAAAUUUAUUCACAAAUAUUCAUCAAAGGUAACAACUAUUUAAUUACUGUUAAAAAUUAUUUUUAAUACCUAUUUUUAAUAAAUAGAUUUCAGAUUUGGCUAAUAUCACAUGCGCCUCAUCCGUACCUUUAUAUACCCUCCAGACCAUGAAAGAAAUAUGUCAAGAUAGUUAUGAAUUAAAGAACGUCAACUUAAUGGUUGCCUGUAUAUCUCUAGCUGUCUGUGGUGUAUUAUUGGGUUUAUUAUUGAGUUUUUAUUAUCGCUACACAACUGAAAUCAAAAUAUGGUUGUACUCUCACAAUGUAACUUGGCCAAUUUCUGAAAAAUCUCUUGACCAAGAUAAAAAAUAUGAUGCAUUUCUUAGUUUUUCUCAUAAAGACUUAGAAUUAGUUGCAAAACAUUUAGUACCUGAAUUGGAAGGUGGCAAUACACCAUUUAAACUUUGUCUCCACUACAGGGACUGGGUAGUGGGAGAUUUUAUUCCUUCUCAAAUUUCCCGUUCAGUUGAUGAAUCACGAAGGACUAUCAUUGUAUUGUCAAAGAACUUUUUGGACAGCAUUUGGGGUCUCACAGAAUUCAGAACAGCUUAUACAAAUGUUUUAAAAGAAAAGCGAAACCGUAUCAUCGUCAUACUUUAUGGAGACAUAUCAACUGAAGAAUUAGAUCUGGAGUUAAAAACAUACCUAUCCAUGAACACUUAUAUUAAGUGGGGUGAUUAUUGGUUCUGGGAGAAAUUAAGAUAUGCUCUGCCACAUGGACUAGAAACAAGGAAAAAAAUUAGAACUAAAACCAUAGUCCCAGAUAAGUUAAACCCUCUUUCAUUAUCAUAA